AUGGCCUUCGACCAUUGUGCAAGCUGUCCAGCUGAAAACCUUGGCCUGGGUGGACGAGGUGUUCACCUUGUGAUACCUUCCAUGCUCGCACCGAUCGUUUCAUGUCUGCUCGUGGCAAAUCGGGUUUACUGGCGGCUCAAUCUGCUGGGAGGUCUUGGCCUUGACGAUCUCACGACAAUACUAGCAAUGACCUUUUUGUCUGCUCAAUGUGGCGCUUCCAUAGCUGCCGUCAAUUUCGGAUAUGGUAGACCCGUGGACGACAUGAGCUUGAACCAGGCCUCUCAGGCCCUGAAGAUCUUCUACAAGCUCACCAUCAAUUGCACCAAGCUAUCUGUCCUUUUCCUCUAUCUUCGCAUCUUUUCCGAUCGUACCUGGUUCGUCCGGACCUGCUGGGGACUGAUCCUCUUCAUCCUCUCUGCCUGCCUGUGCUUCACGGCUGCCACUGUUUUUCAAUGCAGUCCAGUAGAACGGGCAUGGCAGCGCUGGAGCACCCAUGGCAGCUGCGUCAACUUAUACGCCUUGUGGUAUAGCAAUGCCAUCUACAACAUCAUGACAGACCUCAUAAUUGUUUUGAUGGUACCGCCUGUCAUAAUCACACUCAAAUUACCAAUCCGCCAGAAGUUGGCUCUAAUCUGCAUUUUCGGUCUGGGAGUUAUUGUUUGCGCAGCCUCGAUUUCUCGGUUGACCACCUUAUAUUCUUCGGCAUAUGGCAGCGAUUUGACAGCUGGCUCGCUGGUUUCGACGAUCUGGACCACCAUUGAGGCGGGCCUUGGUGUCAUCUGCGCCAAUCUCCCAAUGCUGCGAACGCCCCUGCAGCGUUGCUUUCCCAGACUCUUCCCGAUCCGAUCGAGCACGACUCGCACUGCAAGUGCUGCCCCAUCUCCACCAAGCAGUGUAUGUAGGGCUGGCCCGCCCGUUGCUCCUAGGAUCUUCACUCCGGCACACGAUGUUGGCCAAGAUAGGCCUUCACGCGAGGCUCCUUCGCAUGGAGCUUCACUUGCUCAACUACCAACUGACGACGCCUGGGCCGUGCAUCAAGAAACCUCUCGAGCCCCCCUUAUCAUCAAUAUUGCCGCUUGUGCUGGGCCUGAGGUUGUGGCAAGCAGACGUCAUCCCUCAGAUCAGCCUCUUGACUUGGAACCGGGAGGCCAUGUGGACUGGUACUCACGACCACACACAGUCUGGUGA